AUGCCAGAUGAGAUCUCCCUGUCAUUGGAAGAGACUAACAAGAUUCGUGCUAGCCUUGGAUUGAAAGCUAUCGCGCCAGCCAAUGAUCAAGAUAAUGGCAGCUAUGAAGGGAUCGAUAAAAUUCUACCCAAGAGAGCCUCAUCGACUGUAGAGAGAUCGGAGGGACCACGUUUCAUAGAAAAUGAUAAAAUACAUAUGCUGAGGAGAAAGCUUGCCGCUUUGAAAGAUGCUAGUGGCUUAAGUCGAUCAGCAGGUAACGAUGAAUCUUCAUCUCAAGGCGAUUGGCUAAGUCGAAUAGGAAGUAAGCCUGUCAAAAUUAGCUUUGAUGAAGAUGGGGAUGAAGAGGGAGAUGAACUGCCACUAGUGAGAGUCUCUCACAAGGUGGAAGAUAUAGCGGAUCCCAAAGGCGUCAUCUUGACUCUUAAGGAAAAUAGCGUACUAGCAGAUGGCGAUGACACACUGGAGGCCGAGAAUCUAGUUCAGGAGAGGGAAGAAGCCAAGAGAAUUCACAUGAGCCAGAUGAACAAGAACCGAAGGCGAAUGAGGAGGAAAAUUCAAGUCUCAAGCGCUGAGAUUGAACUGCAGGAGGAGGCAGAAAAUGAAGACAAUAUACUAGCGAUCGGAGUAGCUAAAAAUUAUAAUUCCACUUCAGAUGAACCUGAACCGAAGCACUCAGGUAAACUAAAGGUUUCCUUCAGUGGUACGGAUAGCGAUGCCUCCGAUGGCGGUGACUUUAAACCUGUGCAGAUCAAGAAGAGGAAAAAAAAUGGCACAGGCGCAAGGACUAAGGCCAAAAGCAUCACACUACCCCCGCGGAUUCAACCUGUUGAGCUAAAGAAUCAUGAUUUGGACUUCGAGGAUCUGGAGCAAGAUCUUUUCGUGCCUUUCAAUUCCGUCAAAAGAUCGAAACUACUGUCUGAGGUCGCAACGCCGGAGGAGUUAGCAGCUCAGAUCGCGAAGGAAAAGCGUGAAAGAGAGCAAAAGAUUGCCCAGGUUGCUGAAGCUUCAGAUAACCUCAUCAUUGAUGAAGGUACAAGGUUUUUAGAGUCCCUAAGGACCGCCAUCCUUGAGAAACCUGCACAUCCGGAUAGUGCUGAUGUACAGGAAGAUGUCGGACUUCAAGAGUCGGCUCCAACCACUGUGGAGACGUCAAAGAAAUGGCGAGACGACAGGGAAGCGCCCGAUUUUUAUGAGGGCCUGGCGUCCACAUUAAAUUUCAUCCGAGAGAGGAACGUGUUACCAAAACUACAGAGCCUAACAUCGGACUCUUCCAAACCUGCAAUACCGAACUAUCAGAAAGAAGCCCGCAAGAUCCGUGAAAGAAAUAACAGUCAGAUGCGUCAAGACAAAACUCAAUACACUGCCAAAGAGCUAGAAGAGAUAGAGAACUACCAGGAUGAGCAAAUAGCACGCCGCAUCAGCGAACUGCAGGCCAAAACCCUGCAAGACUACGAUCCAGAAGUCAAACUGCAGUACAAGGAUGAAAGUGGCAACCAGCUUACGACAAAAGAGGCCUACAAGAAGCUAUCUCAGAAGUUUCACGGAACAAGAAGCAACCAAAGAAAGCAAGCUAAAGCCCAAUCCAGGAUUGAGGCGAGAAAGACCCAACAACAGAAGUCUAGCGUCUUUGAUGUGCUUUAG